UCUAGCCGGCCUAGCGCGCCCGCGGAGGUUUCCAUGGAGACCGAGGCUGGGCCCGGGAGGCCUGCCGGCGUUACCAUGGAGACAACUCCCGGGCUGGGGUUCUGCAGCCCCGGCGCGCGGUUGGUUCAGAGCCCCGGGGAGGUGCCGAGCGAGGCUGGGGUGGCGGCCGCACGCUGGGACCCGCGGAAACACUCCUUACUCAUCGUGAUCGGAGACAUCGGCACCGAGAGCCAGCUUCGGGCCGUUCGGGUCCACCUGGAGCAAGGGAUUCUUUCAUGGAACAUUGACUUAUCCGCCUGCAACCUGAAUCAGCAGCUGAGACUCUUCAUUACCCGGCACUUAGCCCACUUCUCCUCAGAGGUCAAAGGCCAACGGACCCUUUGUCAUCAAAGUGAGACCCUCGAGACAGUCAUCUUGGUAAACCCCAAUGCAGGGAGCAUCAGCUCUGAGGUUUACUCCCUCCUUACCAGCGCAUCAGCCCACAAGCUGCUGAUCUUGAGUGGACAGAGUUCAGAGCCUGGUGGGGACCUCAUCCUACAGAGUGGCACCUACUCCUACCAGAAUUUUGCCCAGGUCCUUCACAAUCCAGAGGUUGCACAACUGCUCAGCAACAGAGACCCCAGCGUUCAGGCCUCCCUCACUGUGUCGUGUCUGGGUGAGGGUGAUUGGAGCCACCUGGGCCAAUAUAGCUCCCAGGAAACCUUGCACCUUCGGCUAAACCCAGAACCCACGUUGCCCACCAUGGAUGGUGUGGCUGAGUUUGCAGAAUAUGUCUCUGAGACUGUGGAUGUGCCAUCUCCCUUUGACCUUCUGGAGCCCCCUACUUCUGGAGGCUUCCUCAAGCUUUCCAAGCCCUGUUGCUACAUCUUCCCUGGCGGUCGUGGGGACUCUGCUCUCUUUGCUGUCAAUGGUUUCAACAUCCUAGUGGAUGGUGGCUCUGACCGCAAGUCCUGCUUCUGGAAGCUGGUGAGGCACCUUGAUCGCAUCGACUCGGUCCUGCUCACUCACAUUGGUGCAGAUAACCUGCCUGGCAUCAAUGGGUUGCUGCAGCGCAAGGUGGCAGAGCAGGAGGAGGAACAGUCCCAAGGCUCCAGCAGCUACAGUGACUGGGUCAAGAAUCUCAUCUCCCCUGAGCUUGGGGUGGUCUUCUUCAAUGUCCCUGACAAGCUGCGCCUGCCUGAUGCUGCCCGAAAAGCCAAGCGGAGCAUCGAGGAGGCCUGCCUGACCCUGCAGCACCUAAACCGUUUGGGCAUCCAGGCAGAGCCACUGUACCGGGUGGUUAGCAACACCAUCGAGCCACUGACUCUCUUCCACAAAAUGGGUGUGGGCCGGCUGGAUAUGUAUGUCCUCAAUCCUGUCAAGGACAGCAAGGAAAUGCAAUUCCUCAUGCAAAAGUGGGCGGGCAACAGCAAGGCCAAGACUGGUAUCGUGCUGGCCAAUGGGAAAGAGGGUGAGAUUUCAGUGCCCUACCUCACCUCUAUCACCGCCCUGGUAGUCUGGCUACCAGCCAGUCCCACAGAGAAGAUCGUACGGGUGCUUUUCCCUGGGAAUGCCCCCCAGAACAAGAUCCUAGAGGGGCUGGAGAAGCUUCGUCACUUGGACUUCCUCCGCUAUCCUGUGGCCACACAGAAAGACCUAGCCUCUGGGUCUGUACCGGCUAACCUGAAACCCAGUAAGAUCAAACAGAGGGCCGACAGCAGAGAGAGCCUCAAAGCAUCUGCCAAGCCGGCUGUGGGUAAGCUGGCCAAACGGGAGGAGGUGCCUGAAGAAGGGGCUAAGGAGGCCCGGUCAGAGCUAGCCAAGGAGCUAGCCAAGAGUGAAAAGAGGGCAAAGGAGCCCCCAGAGAAACCUCCAGAGAAGGCAGCCAAGACUGAGAGGGUCCGAACCGAGUCCAGUGAAGUGAUGAAGGCUGAGAAGAGGAAGCUGAUCAAAGAUAAGACUGGGAAGAAGCACCUGAAGGAGAAGGUGUCAAAACUGGAAGAGAAAAAGGACAAGGAGAAGAAAGAGAUCAAGAAGGAGAGGAAGGAGAUCAAGAAGGAGGAGGGGAAGAGGGAAGAGAAAAAGGAUGCUAAGAAGGAGGAUAAGAAAAAAGAUGCUAAGCCAGAACCCAAGAAAUUUUCUAAGCCAGACCUGAAACCCUUUACUCCUGAGGUACGAAAGACACUGUACAAAGCUAAGGUCCCAGGCAGGGUCAAGACAGAAAAGAGUCGGGCAGUCCGUGAGAAGGAGGUCUCUCUUGAACCCCGGACACCUCCAGCCCAGAAGGAGGUGGCACCACCGCCGGUAGUCACGGCGCCAAGAGAGCUGGUCUUAUCCUCACCAGAAGACCUCACCCGGGACUUUGAGGAGAUGAAGCGUGAAGAGAGAGUUUUGCUUGAGCAAAAGGACAGUGACCUGGAGGUGAGACCACAGCCUCCUGAAACUAGGGAAGAAGGGCUCCCCAGCACAGCCGAUCUGGAUGUUGUGCCUUCUGGCCCAGGCCUGGAUCAGGACGAGGCCCUGAAGGGAGAGAAAGAGGUUGCCCCAGAAACCUCCGAAGGACCCGCCUGCAAGGUCGGGAGCCCUGGUUCUGAGGCCAAAAAAGAGGAGGGUGAAGAUGCUGGGGAGGUCCAGGAUGGGAAGCAAAGGGAAGCUGAGAGGUCUCUAGAAGGAAAAGAGGCCAGAGAGGAGAGUGAACCAGAGACGAAGGAGGAUGUGAUUGAAAAAGCUGAGCUAGAAGAGAUGGAAGAAGUACAUCCAUCAGAUGGAGAGGAGGAAGAAGAGGAGGAGGAGACAAAGGCUGAGGGUUUCUACCCAAAGUACCACAUGCAGGAAUCACUGAAGGUCACCUCACAGGGCAAGGAGGCUCUUGGGGGUCGGGACCUGGGACCACAGGGUAAGGCCCCUGAAAAGGAGACAUCAUUCCUCAGCAGCCUAGCUACUCCUGCAGGAGCCACAGAGCAUGUCUCAUAUAUACAGGAUGAAACCAUCCCUGGCUACUCAGAAACAGAGCAGACCAUCUCAGAUGAGGAGAUUCAUGACGAGCCUGAGGAGCGCCCUGCCCCACCCAGGUUUCCUCCAGGUACCUACGACCUCUCUGGGCCUGAUGCUCCCAGCUCCCUUGAGACUAGCCAGCCCAUUGAUGGUACUGUACCUUCCACCCCUGCCAAGGGCUAUGGGCCCCCAGAAACAGAACUCCUCACUUACGCACCUAACAUGGUGGCUGCCCCCUUGGCUGAAGAAGAACAUGUGUCCUCAGCCACCUCCAUCACCGAGUGUGACAAGCUGUCUUCCUUUGCCACAUCAGUGGCUGAAGACCAGUCAGUAGCCUCACUCACAGCUCCCCAGACUGAAGAGACAGGCAAGAGUUCCUUGCUGCUGGACACAGUCACUAGUAUCCCUUCAUCGCGCACUGAAGCUACUCAGGGCCUAGACUAUGUACCAUCUGCUGGUACCAUCUCUCCCACCUCCUCCCUGGAGGAAGACAAAGGCUUCAAGUCUCCACCCUAUGAGGAUUUCCCAGUGCCCAGUGAGACUGAGAGGAGGGGAGAGGUCCCAGGAAGAGGUCUGUCUGGAGAGGGAGCUGCAGAAGAGGAGGAGGGAGAUGAGACGCCUAAUGUGGAGCUAACAGAAAAACUGCAGGAUCACUAUGGAUCCCCACUCUUUGACACUCCUGGAUCUACUCUCCACUCAGGGGAACCGAUCCUUGGGGAACCAGAGGAGCGCUGCUUCAGUCCUGAUGACAGCACAGUCAAGAUGGCCUCACCACCCCCAUCAGGCCCCCCCAGUGCUGCCCACACACCAUUCCACCAGUCCCCAGUGGAGGAUAAGUCUGAGCCUCAGGACUUUGACGAAGCAGUUUCCUGGGGAGAGGCUGGAUGUGCACCAGGGGCUGGCAAGGAAGACAGUUCUAAGGAAGAGCCCAAAUCAGAAACUGUAGAAAGAGAACCAGAAAAGGAGAAGGAGCAUACCCCAAUACUCAAGAGCCCUCACACCCAAGAAACAGCUGUGAGCAGAAUCCCAGAGAUUCCAGAACAGGACAAAGCCACUGUCUUAGAGACUGUGGAGGCUCCAGAGAGCCCAGCCCUGAUUCCUAGUGCAGAGACCCUUCCUAGAGGCCUAGGGGCUUCACUCCAAGAGGCAGACAAGAUCCACAGGGUUGAACUGCCCCAGGUUUCUAGCACAGUCCCCUCACCAGAAGAGGCUGAAUCUCUCUCAAUACCCAAGGCAAUCUCCCCAGACUCUGCCAGCAAAGAACCUGCUUCACAGUCUCCCCCAGGCUUAGCAGAACAUGACCUUCCCAAGGACCACUGGCCAGAAGUCUCCCCUGAGGAUACCAGGUCACUUUCUCUCUCUGAAGAGAGUCCUAGCAAAGAGACCUCUCUAGAUAUCUCCUCCAAGCAACUGUCACCAGACAGUCUAGGUACUGUCCAGUUUGGGGAUCUGAGCCAAGAAAAGGAGGAGAGAGUGCCUCAAGCCCUAGCUGAGCAUGCCACUCAUCACCUGGUCCCUGCAUCUGACCAUCCAGCCACAGGGCUUCCUCUCAUGGAAGCAUCCCCAACACACACUGCUCAGACCCAUGUCACAGAUGAGAGCCCCAUCAGAGAGGCAUCUGCCAGUCACUCCUCUCCCAGUGAGGUACUGAGAGACUUGAAGCUUUCUCCUGGAUUGACCCCAGGCCCUGAGCAGGACGAUCUGAUCUUGGACAGCUCUCUCACUAAAGGCCCUAAGCCCCCUCAGAGCCCAGCUGUGAAAGACACAGCCCCAGGGUGGGAGGGUGAGGCCCUAGGGAAGGACAAUAAGGCCCUGGAGCAGAAGAGAAGAUCCCCAGAACCAAAGGAUGAGGCUCUGGAGCAGUAUGAGACCUUUGACGAGAAGGGCAAGUUAUUGGAGGAAAAGGAUAAGACCCUGGUAGAAAAGAGCAGGGACCUGGAGACGAGCAAAUCCCUAGAAGAGAACGAGGCCCUGGAGAAGAGCAGGGAACUGGAGGAGUAUGAGGCCCAGGAGAAGGAUGAGGCCCCAGCAGAGGCCCUGAAAGAGAAGGACAGAAUCCAAGAAGGGGAGGACACAGCCUUGGAAGGGGCCAGGGACUUAGAGCAGAAGAGCCCAGUGAGGGAGGACACAGCCCCAAAUGAAAAAGGCGAGGUUCCCGAGGACAAAGCCCCAAAGCAGCAGGACAAAUCACCAGACGAGGCCCCAGAGCAGGUAAAAACACAGGAAGAAAACAGGAUCCUAGCAGAAAAAGACAAGGCCCUGGAGCAGAAAGAGAAGACCUUGGAGGACAAAACCCUAGAUAAGACCAAGGCCUCCAUCUGGGAAUACAAGUCCCAAGAGCAGGAGGAGAAAUGCUGGAGGGAACAGGAAGAUGUGAGCAGAGAAUGGCAGGGCCCGGCCCCAACCAGGGUGGCUCCAGCUGGGGAACAAAGAGAGACAGCUCCAAGGUGGGAGGACAGGGCCCAUAAGCAAGACAGGUACUGGCAAGAACCAGAGGACAGGGCAGCAGAAGAGGAAAUAUACUGGAGGGAGCUGAGUUGUGAGAGAAAGGUCUGGUUCCCACAUGAACUGGACAGGGCCCCAGGCCCAGGGGCCCGACCCCGGUACAGCGAAGAACGGGAGAGCACCUUCCUAGAUGAGGGACCCGAUGAUGACCAAGAGGUGCUCCCUCUGGAUCAUGCACCCAGGAGCCCCUGGAUCCCAGAUUAUAAGAGCUUCCAGGAGGUGUCACCACAGGGUGAACUGGAGAUGGAGCGUUGGCUCUCAGAGUCCCCCACUGGACUUCCACCAAAGGAGGAGAGGGUAACUCGUUCCCCCUUUGAGAUCAUUUCCCCUCCAGCUUCCCCACCUGAGCUGGCUGGGCAGAUGGGUUGCUCAGUUCUGGAUCAUGCUGCUGCUCCUUCAGUCCUAGGCCAAGAGACCCCCAGCCCAGAGCCCAAACCCAAGCCCACCACACAUAAAGAGCCUCCUACACCUUCGUGGCUGGCUGAGAUCCCCCCAUGGGUUCCCAAAGACAGGCCACUCCCCCCGGCACCUCAGUCCCCUGCUCCAGUACCCCCCACACCUGCCCCGGAGCCACUCCCUCCUGCCCCUUUCUCUUGGGGUAUGGCUGAGUAUGAUAGUGUGGUGGCUGCAGUGCAGGAGGGAGCAGCUGAGUUGGAAGGGGGGCCUUAUUCACCCCUAGGAAAAGACUACCGAAAGGCUGAAGGAGAGGGAGAGAGUGGAAAGGAGGACGGGACUUCUGACAGACGCCCUCAAAGCUCAGAGGUUUCCGAGUGCUCCAAAGCCAAGGAGCCUGAACAGACAGAGCCAGAGCAGAGGGAGCCCACACCAUACCCUGAGGAGAGGAGCUUUCAAUAUGCAGAUAUCUAUGAGCAGGUGCUUCUCUCUGGCUUCAGUUCCGCUUGUCCAAUCAGGGAGCCCCCACUGGGUGCAGCGGGGGACUGGCCCCCUCGAAUCUCAGCCAAGGAAGAGGCAGCUGGCCGGCAUACCCCUGCAGAAAAGGAGCUGUCAUCUCCAGCCUCCCCUAAGGACCGGAGUACAGACAUAGCCUUCCACUACGCAACAUUUCCUGGACAGGGUGCACUGAGGCAGGAAAUCGACCAAGAGCCGGGUCGGGAGCCCAGUCUCAUCCCUCCAGCUGUGCCUCCCCGUGCUGCUGCUCCAAGCAAAGCCCUUAGUCCCCUUCCUGAUGGAAACAUCCUGAGCUGCAGACCAGAAGAGGUAACCCUAUCCCCAAAAGAGUCAAGUAGAGGGCAGGCAGAAUGUUGGGAUGAACAUGCCAGUGACUCUGAGCUGGAGAAGGGGGCUCGGGAGCCAUCAGAGAAAGAAGCCCGACCCUUAAGUCCUCCAUCCCCUACUCCUGCUGAACCUUCUAUUCCCAAGGCUGGCUCUGAAGUGCCUACUAGUACUUCCUCUGACUCACCCCCUGCCCCAGCUCGGCCUAGCCUGGACUUUCCUGCCUCAGCCUUUGGUUUCUCCUCAUUGCAGCCGUCUGCCCCGCAGCUGCCCUCUCCAGCUGAGCCUCGAUCUGCACCCUGUGGCUCCCUUGCCUUCUCUGGGGAUCGUGCGCUAGCUCUCACCCCAGGACCCCCAACAAGGGCACGGCAUGAUGAAUACCUGGAGGUGGCCAAGGCUCCUAGCCUAGACUCCUCACUACCCCAGCUUCCAUCCCCCACCUCUCCUGGGGCUCCUCUCCUGUCCAAUUUGCCCCGGCCUGCCUCGCCUGCCCUUUCGGAGGGCUCCUCAUCAGAGGCCACCACUCCCGUCAUCACCAGUGUAGCUGAGAGCUUCCCCCUAAGCUUGGCAGCUAGGGAGAUGGAAGCAGGAGCAGAACCAGAAGGCAGAAGCCUCUGGGACCUGACCACACUGAGCCCAGCCCCUCCAGCCAUACUGAGCCCUGCCCCUGCCCCCAUCCUGCCUGGGGACAUGGAUGAUGGUACCCUGCCCUGCCGCCUGGAGUGCUCGGGAGCAGCCCCCAAGGCCCUGGGAUCCUGCUCAAGCCCAUCCAGGGACUGUGCAGCUAAUGGCCCUACUGAGGCCAGUCCCAGUCCCCCAGGGCUCCCCACAGCCAAAGAAGUUGAAGAGAAAGCUGAGCUUCGCCCAGACUGGGAAUGUGGAGGCUGGCCUGAAGGAGCAGAGAAGUGCACCCGGCCAGCCACCCUAUUAUCUCCAGAGCCGCCCUUGUGUCCAGGGGGAUCCACAAGGAGCCGGCCCAGCAGUGCCUCCCCUGAGCCAGAAUCUGGGCCUCAAGGAUGUGCUGCUGAAUCGUGGCCCUGCUGUGGAGAGCUCUCUCCAUCUUUUCUCAACCCUUCCCUGCCUAGGUCCAUCGAUGAUAGCGAUCUUUCCACUGAAGAGGCACGGUUAGUUGAGCGAGGGGGAAGGCGCAGGGUGGGGGGGCCAGGAGGCAUUGGGGGACCAGGCCCUGUGGCUGAUGAGACACCUCCCACUUCUGCUAGUGACUCGGGCUCCUCACAGUCAGACUCAGAUGUCCCCCCAGAGACUGAGGAGUGUCCCUCCAUCACAGCGGAGGCAGCACUAGACUCAGACGAAGAUGGUGACUUCCUACCCGUGGACAAAGCUGGGGGAGUCAGUGGGGCACACCAUCCCCGGCCUGUCCAUGACCCACCCCCAGCCCCCCAACCUGACCCCUGCCCACCCCCUCCACGCCCUGACGUGUGCAUGGCUGACCCAGAGGGUCUAAGUACAGAUGCAGGGCGGGCUGAACGGCUUCGGGAAAAGGAGAAGGAAAAGGGGCGGAGUGGGCGAAGGGCCCUAGGCAGGGCCAAGCCAGCCUCCCCUGCCAGGCGACUGGAUCUUCGGGGCAAACGCUCUCCCACUCCUGGGAAGGGCCCCACCUCCCGAGUCCCACCUCGGCCCCGUGCCACCGCAGGCCAGGUACCACCUGAAGAAAAGGACGGACACAACGUUCUGACCAAGGGACUGGUCAAUGGGCUCAAGACUGGUUCAACUGCCAUGGGCCAGAAGGGUGGCUCUGGCCCUCCAGUGUAUGUGGACCUCGCUUACAUCCCUAAUCACUGCAGUGGCAAAACCGCUGACCUUGACUUCUUCCGCCGUGUACGGGCAGCUUACUAUGUGGUCAGUGGGAAUGACCCUGCCAAUGGAGAGCCAAGCAGGGCCGUCCUGGAUGCACUGCUGGAGGGCAAAGCACAGUGGGGAGAGAAUCUGCAGGUAACUUUGAUCCCUACCCAUGACACGGAAGUGACCCGUGAAUGGUAUCAGCAGACACAUGAGCAGCAGCAACAGCUUAACGUCCUCGUCCUGGCCAGCAGCAGCACGGUGGUCAUGCAGGAUGAGUCCUUCCCGGCCUGCAAGAUCGAGUUCUGAAGGGACCACUUUCCCCUCCCUUUCAUACCCCUUUCCCCAGCUUUCCCAGAGAAUGGCUGAAGCUGAGUCUUUUGGGAGUGGGGGGCUAUGGAGGCUGAAUGGGGCAAGACGCUUGGAUUCUGGGGGCUGUGUUGAGUGGGAGGCAUCAUUCCUUCCUCCCCCACCCCCCACCCCCCAUACACAAUGCCUCCUUUCCCUUUAUCUGCAGGCAUGAGAGAGGUCUCAGAACCAAAGGAUUUCCCCAGAACCAAAGGGAGCAGGGAGGUGGGGUAGGCACAAAAUGGGGACAGGGGAAGGUCACUUGCUGCCUGGGGACCUUGGAAUAAUUUCUUCCAGUGCUGUCAAAGGCUGGAGUGUAGGGGUGGGAAUAAGUACAGGACCCAGGGUUCUCAUGGAGAGGUCUGUUUUCUAGCAUGGAGGAAGAUCACUCCCCAUUCCUGGGGGACCUCCCUAUCCCAAAAGUAUUUAUUUUGCAUCCCAGGAUUUCCAAUUAUAAUUUAUUAUACGACGUGGGGACAUGAUACUGUCAAUUAAAUGCCCAGAGCUACAACCCUGUCUCUCAUCCCCUCCCACCCUCCAAUUCUGGCAGGAGUUGGGGGUGUCUUGCUGCUACCCUGCCCCCAGGAUUCCUUUACAUCUAAAUGUCUCAAUCCAAAACUUGAAGCUCUUUUGACCAAUGGGCCAAACUGGGGAAGAGGGGAGGUUCUACUUUCCCCUGUCAGCCUCUGCCCCUCAUCGGUAGGCAGCAAAGGCAGGGGUCUUGCCUCUAAUCCCAUUCAUAUGCCACGGGCCUAAUGCCCAGGCCAGGAGCAGAGGGGAUGAGGGAGGAACCAGACCAGCCCAAUCCCUGAGCUUAUCCAAGCCCCCGGACUCCAUGGCAUAUUCCCUCCCAUGCUACUGCCCAAACCUUUCCUGCUUGGCUUCUAUGCAUGUGGCCAUCUAUGCUGGCCUGGUGUGUAAUGGGUGAAAAUACGCCACUGCCUGAACCCUAACAUUUGACACCCCAACAUUGUGCAAUACCCCCAACAUUCCCAAUACCCUACUGCCAUCCUGUAGCUGAGAUCAGGAUACCUAUUUCCUCCCUAGCCCAGAGAUUCCAGAAAUUAAGAGCUGGGAGGUGGAAGCCAUAGCAGAGGAAGAGUGGGAUGGGGGAGGUGGGGAGUGCAGGGGAGGAGGUGGAGCUAAACUACAGCUCAUCCCUUGCAGGAUCAAAAUAGGCUGAACAUGGCACCUUAGAGAAAGGGACCUCCCCCCCCCGCCCCCAGAAAGUCCAUGUGUUGCCCUGCCUGUCUGCUGCCAGAUUGUGAGGCCCAGACGCUGACACAGUUGGUUGAAUGGGCUCAGCUCCCAUCCUGAAGGGAAGAAACCAAAAUCAGUUAUUUUCCUUGCUCCCUCCCCUUGCUGCUCUGCUCUUCAUCCCUACCCAACCUUUCUUCCCCUGGCCCCCCACACACUCAUCUUCCCACUGUUGUAAAGGAGCCACCUCGAACAUUAACAAUAAACCAACUUUGUGGCAGUUAC